UGGUAAACAUUGCAUUCUGAGCUGCUGUUCGCUGCGGGUACCAGUGGAUACCACACAAAAUGGCACCUCGUGUAUCCUUUAUAUCUGUAAUUUUCUUGGUUUUCUUUGGACUUUGCCAUGCUGGAGGCGGAGGCGGCCAUGGAGGAGGGAAGAAGGUGAUCAUUCACGUUCCCCUCAAAGUAAAACACAUUCAUCACACGCACACAGUCUAUAAGAUAAUUAAGGUGCCUAGCGGAGGACACGGUGGAGGCGGUGGUCAUGGCGGAGGCGGACAUGGAGGUGGCGGCGGAUACGAAGUAGUCGCAGUGAAGUACGAAGACGGCGGACAUGAAGGCGGUCACGGAGGCGGAUUUGGAGAUGAUCACGGAGGAGGUUUUGGAGGCGGUCACGGAGAUGGUGGCUACGGAGGCGGUGAUAUUGGAGGCGGACACGGAGGUGGGCACGGCGGAGGGUUUGGAGGUGGACACGGAGGCGGGCACGGCGGAGGGUUUGGAGGUGGAUACGGAGGCGGACACGGCGGUGGUUUCGGAGGCGGACAUGGAGGAUUUGGCGGUGAUCAUGGAGGUGGUGGCCACGGAGGUGGUGGCCACGGAGGUGGCGGUUACGGUGGCAGUGGCGGCCAUGGCUGGGAUUAGAGCAAGACUGGGUGAAGUGAUAAGCCAGUGAAACAAAAUCAAAUUGACUUGUACCGUACAGCACAGUGAUUCCGUCCAACAGUGGAAUUCACGUAUUGUGCAUUUCACACUUUUGUACAUAGGUAGUGUUCUCUUGUUCCGCACUGCGCAUCAUACGGGUAGUUUCCAGACUGGCUGUGAUGUACCUUCUGGAACUAGCCUAACCUGUUUACUAGUCUCAUCACAACAUUAUUUCUUGUUUUUAUUGUUGUUGUUUUCUUUUAUACUUAUUGUGUACAGUUCAUACAAAUAAACAGCUUUGUUUGUAA